AUGCCUGCAUUUUGGAAGCCAAUUGGCUCCCUGGUCUUGCUGGCCUCGGCAUCCUUGGCGCAACAAUGUACUGAGAACCCCGAGAUGCAUGUCGGCGCCUCGGUAAAGACGAGCAGUGGAAUGGUCCAGGGUCACGUCGCGUCUCAGCAACCCGGGGUCUCUGAGUACCUAGGAAUUCCCUAUGCAGCCCCCCCCCUACUGGAGAUCUCCGGUUUGCGGCCCCCGCGCCGUAUACUGGUGAGCGCUGAUUGUCCUGCUAACACGGGCUCUACGCCCAAAUACCCUGGUUUUACACCACAGGCCCCACAGAUCAUCAAGUCGUUUACGCAGCAGCUGGGCACUUCUCAGAGCGAGGAUUGUUUGUAUUUGAACGUGUGGACAACCCCAACGGUGAAGGACUUAAAGCCAGUUUUAUUUUGGAUUCACGGCGGUCGCUUUACGGGCGGUGGUGCGAACAACCCGUACUACGAUGGUCAGAACUUAGCGGGUGAGCACGAAGUUGUGGUUGUGACUAUCAACUACCGACUGAACAUAUUCGGCUUCCCGGGUGCGCCCAACCUGCCCCAGAACGUGGGACUUUUGGAUCAGCGCAUGGCCGUUGAAUGGGUUCACCACAACAUUGCUGCAUUCGGUGGUGACCCUGAUCGUAUCACCAUCUUUGGUCAAUCUGCCGGCGGUUCUUCCGUUGACUAUUAUUCCUAUGCUUGGAAGGAGAAGCCCCUCGUGGCUGGCCUUAUCUCCCACUCAGGCACGUCCAUGAGCUUUGUGCCAAACACCCCCGAGCAGUCUGCUAGCUACUUCUACAAUGUAGCCAAGCAACUAGGUUGUGGAGAUGAGAGCAGCGAUGCUGAUCAAGUCGUUGGGUGUGUUCGCAAACAACCAUGGAACUCGGUGGUCAAGGCCACCGCCAAGGUGCCUUUCGCGGAGACACCUGCCCUUCCCCAGUCGGUGUUCCAUCCUACUGUGGAUAACAAGACCGUGUUCAGUGACUAUAAUAAGCUGUCCGCUACCGGGAAGUUCGCUCGUCUACCAUACUUGGUCAAUAGCAACGACUACGAAGCUGGCUACUACCGCGUUAGUGCCUACGGUGCCAACAUCUCGCUCUCUAACCAGCAAUGGAAUAUGUUUAAUCUGGGAUCAUUCACCUGCCCCAGCGGAGCCGCCGCCAGAGACCGCGUCGCUCACGGCGUGCCCACCUGGCAAUCGCGCUACUUUGGCGACUGGGAUAACCUGCGCCUCUACAAAGGCAGUGGUACUUACCACGGUACCGACUUGGCUCAGCUGUUUGGAACCGCGGAGCGGAUUAGUGGACUUGCAAACAGCGAUCGCGAAAAUGAGUUUGCGAGGUACAUCGCCUCCGCCUGGGUGGCCUUUGCUUCGGAUCCAGAGAAGGGAUUGACUGAGUUUGGAUGGCCUCGGUACAAUUAUCGCCAGAGGACCCUUGUCGGUUUGGCCUACAACAACAGCACCAGCGCCGAGUUCCUUCGGCCAGCCGAUUUCGAAGUGGGCUGCGCUGCUUUGCAUGGUGAUAGCACUCCGGGAAAGGGCGCUUUCUGA